GUCAAGAAGGUUAGUUACUUGGCCACGAAAGAAUUUUUCUGACAAACCGUUUCAAUGUAAUUCGUGUCUUUAUCGUGUAUUGGGACGGAUGGAAAACAACUGUGGCGUAAAUGCUCCUUUCAUUUUCUUUUUUUUGUGUCUUGUCCACUGAAAUGUGUUAACAAAAUUUUAUAAUACUCUUCGAUGAAUCGUAAGUCCUAACUUACGAUAGAAGUAAAUGGAGAUCUGUCAAAUGCAGCGUAGUAACGUAGUCAUCGCAUCUCAAAGAUGGACAGAUUGCGACUCUUGCCAUUGGAAUUGCCAUCAGCCACCAAUAUAAACAAUAAUGGAACAAUUAAGGGAAGAAUAUCAUUUGUUCGGCGAUUAGCAGUAGGAUUUGUUAUUUUGGCUACACUAGGUUUAUUAUAUGUGCCAGCGUAUCAUUCUGUCCAAAGCCCAUUUUCAGGCUUAGGUGAGAAUCCGUCCCCUGCAAAGUCUAAUGGUGUUUCGCACUUGGUAGCCUCAGUUGCACAGCUGCCAGGAUGGGCAUAUAAUACUUCAAGAGAUCUUUGUACAUAUAUACAUCCAGAGAAUACAACCUCAGUUUUAAAUCCUACUGGCAUUUGUUCUCCACCACCAUAUCUCCUAAUUGUUAUUUGUUCAGCCGUUAUGAAUAUCAAAGCCCGUUCAGCUAUAAGAAAUACUUGGGCUAACAGAAAUAAUUUAGAUAGUGUAUAUAAUUCAACGGUAAAGGUAGCGUUUCUUUUGGGACAAAGUGACAACGAUACACUUAAUAGUAUAAUAGCUGAAGAAAAUCACCAAUUCAAUGAUAUUAUUCAAGAAAAAUUUUAUGAUACAUAUAACAAUUUAACAUUAAAGUCUGUCAUGAUGUUAAAAUGGAUAACAUCAAAUUGUGGUCAAGCUAAAUACCUCAUGAAAACAGACGAUGACAUGUUUGUAAAUAUUCCUACUUUGCUGAAAACAUUACACUCAAGAUCACAAGCUACCAAUACGUUAUUAGGUUCUCUUAUUUGCAAUGCAAAACCUAUUUUAGACCCAAAUAACAAAUGGUAUGCACCAAAAUAUAUGUAUUCAGAGAAAGUAUAUCCUAAUUAUUUAUCGGGUACGGGGUAUGUGAUGAGUCUAGAUGUGGCAUUUAAGUUGUAUCAAACAGCAUUAACAACACCACUGCUUCAUUUAGAAGAUGUUUAUAUCACUGGUCUUUGUGCAAAACAUGCAAAAAUACGGCCUGUAAAUCAUCCUGGUUUUAGUUAUGUUCCAAGGAAAUUAGAUCCUUGUAUAUUAAAAAAUGUUAUUACAACACAUAAAGUUAAUGUGUCUAAUAUGUAUGUGAUAUGGAACAAAUUAAUUGAUACAAAUCUUUCUUGCAGUAAUCAUUCUCAUACUGAUAAAAAAUCAGUUACCUUGAGCAGAAAUGGUAGGAAUGUUGGAUACUAUAUAGUGAAAAGGAGAACCAUCAAUAAAUGUGUAUAAAAUAAUUCAAACUUUUAAACAUUAACCCCUUGCCUUACGAUUUAAUUUCCAACUGUGCGUGCCAAAAGCGACACCAAGGUUUGGCCCGGUAGACUUAUCACAUCUCUGAGAUGUCUUAUUCAUGUUUGGCCGGGUAGACUUAUCACGUCUCUGAGACGUCAUUGUAAGCUAAGGGGUUAAACUUGUUAUUUAUUUUUGAUUUAAUGUUUGUUAAGAAUUACUAAAUCAAUUAAUACUAAAAGAAGUUUUUAAAUAGGACAUUUAGUAUUUUCUCUUGAUAAUCACAAGAGGUACUUGUAUUAGAAUUAUUAAUUAAUCUGAAUAUGUUUUUAUACUUUUGAAUUUUUAAAUGUCAUAAAUUUUUGUACCAGUUUCUUUCCUUUAUUCUAUUGUCUCGAUCAUGCAUAUUUACUGCAAGAAGGACUUGUACUGACAUUUAGUAAAUAAUUAAAGGUUUUAUACACUAUUUUUCCAUUUGAACAGUAGUAGGUCUUAAGAAAAUGCUGUCAAUUAGAUUUCCUGUAUAAGUAGUAACUUUUUUGCCUACUUAUAUGAAACUUUGACGAGUAAGUACUGAACACUUGUCUGACUAUUGUGUAAUAAAAUUAGGAAUUUCAUUUUAAUCAAAAGAUUUACUUUAAACUCCAGAUAUUUGAUAUUUUAUCAGCUUCUUCCCAUAAAUAUUACAAUGGUAUAAGUUUAUAUAGAUUACAUAAAAACGUUGUUAAAAAGAUCUAUUAGUAAAUGUCGUGCAUACAAAACUAUUGGCAAAAGUAGUUGAUUUUAGUAGAACUAUUUGAGUUACGAACUUUUUAUUUACUUAUUUAACCAAAAACUAUUUUAAAAAUUACGGUGCAAGUUUCAAAUACAGCCGUUUUUGUUAUAACAGUAUUUAAAAAU